AUGAGCCCCAUCACCAGCAUCAACGCCAGGAAGCCCCCUGCCGCUUCCCGAUCCUUGGCCGCGGCGAAACCCGUCCAGGUCGCUGCGAGACCCGUUCAGGUCGCUAAGCCUCCUCUCUUCGACCCUCAUCUUCUCGCGCAAGGGAUCUCUUACUGCGACACAGAGACCUGGAACGAUCGGGACUGCGGUCUGUUCUACCAGGCCAUGACUGAAUUACAUGGAGAACACCCUGUUGAGAACUAUGUCAAGGUUCUUUCUCAGAAGCUCCCUUCUGGUGCCUCUCCGGUCCAGGCCUUGGAGGGAGCCACCUUCAAACUAGGUUGGGGAUCGAAGCAGUUCAACUCUCUCGCUCAUGGGUACACGCUUCGCAAGGCUACAAUGCCUUAUCACGCCAAGGAUUUGGCCGUCUUCAAGGCAUCUGAGGAGGCGCAUAUGACGGUGAUGAGUGGAUACAUCACCUAUUUCUCAAAGCACCGCCCCAAGAUCAUUGAGGAUUUAUCAAAGGUGCAGGCUCCACCUCGUCCUGCACCCCUCACAUUUGACAAGGCCUUUCUCAGCCAGCUCUGGCAGAUUUUGAGCGCUCACCUCUCUCCAGAGGACGAUGCAGCCCAUGGUGACCUGGUCGAAAUGACUAUGAGAUACGCUCGGAUGCAUUGCCCCGAUGUCCCUAGAGCCACUCGCCUCAACGAUGGACGACACGUCAACCAGAUCAAUCGGACUUAUUGGCGACCUCUGACGGAGAGGGCUGGGGCCGAACCUCCUUGCUUGCGAUACGAUCAACCCGAGUUCGAGCAUACAGGGGAGGUUGUUCGCACUUCGGAGCGUCUCAAGAGGUUGCGUGAUGGCGAUGGAGCGCCUUCCCCUGCUAGUCGCAGGCAGAAGGACCUGUUUGCUUCGUUCUGA